AUGGACGUGUACGACGACGCGGACGUCGACUACAGCGGCAACCUGUGCUUGUUCCUAGACAGCGCGUCCGAGGAGGAGUGGGCGAAGUGGCUCCCGUCCGGGAUCUUCGCGGGGGUGACGACGAACCCGAUCAUCCUCGAGCGCGACGGCCGCGAGUGCAACGUCGCCGCGCUCACGGAACUCGCGAGACAAGCGCUGGAGUACGACGCGGUCCAGGAGUUCCAAGUCCAGACCUGGGGGGAGUCCUCGGAUGAGAUGUGGAAAAACGGCAUCGCGUUGGCGAAGUACGACCCGGACGUCAUCGUCGUGAAGGUGCCCGCGACGUUCGACGGGAUCAAAGCCGCGAACGCGCUCGUCGCGGACGGCAUCCGAGUCACGCUCACGGCCGCGUACGCGUCGCAUCAGGCUGUUCUCGCCGCCGCCGUGGGGGCGAAUUACGUCGCGCCGUAUUUAGGGCGAAUGAACGACGCCGGGCGGGACGGGUUCGGGACGAUCGUGGAGAUGCAAAAGACCGCGGAUAAGUUAGAUUCGGACAUGAGGAUCUUAGUCGCGAGCGUGAGGAACGUCGCGGACAUCGCGAAGCUCGCCGCGGAGGGGUGCGACACGUUCACGAUUAGCGCCAAAGUCGCGGAGGACAUGUUCGCGGACCCUCUGACGCAACAGGCGGCUAUCGACUUCGACGCCGCCGCGGAGAGGAUCGGCGCGUACGCGGAGGAGAAGGCGGCGGCCGCGGCGAAAGAGAAGGAGGAGAGAGCGAACGAGGGGAAGGGGAACGACGACGAGGAAGCGAGCGCGGGGGAGAGUUGA